AUGGAAGAUUUUGGUGCAAUGAAGAAUGAGAUUCAAGCUUUGGAAACAGAAUUUGCAGAGAGACCAAUGUGGCUGAUGAAAUGCCCUUCUCUCAUUGCUUCUGCUCUCCAAUCUCUUCCUUCUACGGACGAUACAUACCUUCCUGUCGCCAAAGUCAUCCUCUCCGUCGAUCCACUCGCUGCAGUUGAUGAAGAAACCAAAGUGGUAAUGGAAUUAGCUAGGGCUGGAUCUGGAAACAUUCCAAAACGUUUUGGCUUGGAUAUGUCUAAGGAUUUUAUUCCCAUGUCUGUUUUCUCUGAGUCUUCUUCACAGGGGAAAAUGUCAGUAGAAGGGAAGAUUAAAAACAAAUUUCACAUGAGUCCUCGUAAUGAAAACAUGGAGAGUUAUGGCAAACUUUGCCGUGAAAGGGCAACCAAGUCUAUGUGCAAAAACAAACAGAUCCAGGUCAUUGAUAACGCCACUGGAAUGUAUAUGUGGCCAACACCAGGAACUGUAGCCCCCACGGGAAAUUUUGAAAAGAAGAAAGUGACAACCAAGACAUCAGAAAUGAAGAGAACAAGAAGGGACCGGAGAGAGAUGGAGGGGGUCAUGUUUAAUCUCUUUGAAAGACAAUCUCAUUGGACUCUGAGGAACCUCAUUCAAGAUACAGACCAACCAGAGCAAUUCUUGAAAGACUUGCUUAGAGAUCUUUGCAUUUACAACAACAAAGGUAGCAACCAAGGAACUUAUGAGUUGAAGCCUGAGUACAAGAGAUCCACACAAGAAUAA